CUCCACCCCACGAGGCGGCUUGACUUUCUUCUUCUUCUUCGCUUCGCCUCCUCGCAGGCGCAGAUCCCGACACGCCUCCACAUAUAUACCGCCGUCGCCGCCGCAGAAACCGAAGCGAGGGAGUGCGCGCGCGUCUAGAUCCGCGCCGGCGAAGCUGCCUUUCCCGUCGCAGCACUCAUCCGGGCUCUGUUGUUAUACCGCGCCCGCGCUCGUGCCCGUUCGUGGCAGAGGCGGGAAGAGGAGCGAGGUGGUGGCGAUGGCGGCGGCGAGGAGGAAUGCCGGGGUCCUCGCGCUCUUCGACGUCGACGGCACCCUCACCGCGCCCCGCAAGGUGGUGACGCCGGAGAUGCUCCAGUUCAUGAAGGAGCUGCGCGAGCAUGUCACCGUGGGCGUGGUCGGGGGAUCCGAUCUGGUGAAGAUUUCGGAACAGCUCGGAAAAUCAGUUAUUACUGAUUACGAUUACUGCUUCUCUGAGAACGGCCUGGUUGCUCACAAGAGCGGGGAACUUAUUGGAACUCAAAGUUUGAAAUCAUUUCUUGGAGAUGAUAAGCUAAAGGAAUUUAUUAACUUCACUCUUCAUUACAUUGCUGACUUGGACAUCCCAAUUAAAAGGGGUACAUUCAUAGAGUUCCGAAGUGGAAUGCUUAAUGUGUCACCUAUAGGGAGAAAUUGUAGUCAAGAAGAACGCGAUGAGUUUGAAAAGUAUGACAAGGUACACAACAUUAGGCCUAAAAUGGUUUCGGUGCUUCGUGAAAAGUUUGCACACUUGAACCUAACAUUUUCUAUUGGAGGGCAAAUUAGUUUUGAUGUGUUCCCACAAGGCUGGGACAAAACUUACUGCCUGAGAUAUCUUGAGGAAUUUCAAGAAAUCCAUUUCUUUGGGGACAAAACCUACAAGGGUGGCAAUGAUCAUGAGAUUUUUGAGUCUGACAGAACAAUCGGACAUACAGUUACAAGUCCUGAGGAUACAGCACAGCAGUGCAGAUCUCUCUUCAUGUCGAAGUGACCUCUGGAUUAGCGUGCAUUUUAUUUAUCUACAUUACAUUCCUCACAUCUCUUGCAUUUCCCCUUUAUAUACCACACCAGUAUUGCUCCCUACAGACUGUACUUCUCCGCAUUCAUAUGUUUCAGAUUAUAUGUUUACACUUGGUGCAGAAUAAAUGAGUAGGCAAUGUUAUACCCCAUUUUGGCUAAUUUUACAAGUCAAUCGUGUAAAAGGAUAAAAUAUACAUGGGCGUUUUGGUUGUCACUGUUAGUUAUUUUCUGCUAGAUUCAUAUACAUGGACGUGAAUCAACUGUAAUACGAAUGAUUUUUGGCUCAUUCAGCUACUUUGGCUUGUACAUGCCAACCUCUA